AUGUCUUCCCCUCCAGCCUCAGAGGGCUACCCGCGAGGGGCUGGCAUAGACAUUCAAAGUUGGGUUACUGAGCCGGGCGGUGCACCACCUACUGGUAUUAUCAGUAGUUUGUUUGAAACUAUCCUCGAUGCGGGUAUUGAGGUUGCGAAGCUAGCCCCAGAGGCUGAGCAAUCACGGAGACUCCACGGAGAACUUGAGCGAUUCGUCCUUUGGGGGCAUGGGGCUUCCAUCUCCAGCGGACAGCUAGACGAUGUGCUUUCUAGGUCCCGAGACCUACGUCAAACAGUUCUGCCGGCUAUCUACGGUCUCGGCAGAGUCUUCGUCGAUGACCUACUGCGGGCAUAUAGAGCCGAGGACGCCCAGCUGCGCUCCCCUUACACUUCCCCAACAAUUCGGACACUUCAAAAGCAGUUGGAAACGAUUUCAUCUAUAUCAGAAGACGACCGAGCACUAGGUUGGGAAAACCUAUCGGAUGACGAAAAUACUAACGAUACAGUAUCAGAGGUCAUCGAUAUUAUUGAGUUUUAUAUCAACUGCCUAAUGGACAUGUCUUCUUUGCUGGACGCAAUAGAGGUUGAUGAAGACGAAGAUCUCGAAACGAGGCUGGAGACGUUCAAUGUUGAUACUGAGCUAGCUCGUCUCUACUGCCGUCGGAUUCGCGACCAGUUCCCCGAGUUACCAAAGUUCCUCGUGGAGCGCCUUGGGAAGGCGAACGACUUACGUACAUCCCAGCUCAAAUCUCUUCAGCUCCAAGUUCAAAUACAACCCACUGACGAGAGGGGAAGGGCUGGAAAGGAAGAUCGUUCAAUCCAACACAGCGAGAACUUGCUCUCAAAUGUCAAGAGGGAGAUGACAGUGACCAGCGGCACUUACGCAUCCCAAAUGUCCGAGUCGGAUUUGAAUCGCCACUUUCUGCCACAGAGUAGUCUGCAAGAGACCCUCACAGAAAAACGAGUUUCCCAAACCCUUGCCGAAGCGUUUGCCCAGUCCAAAAGAGAAAUCUCGCCUGACCGACAGGCAGAGAUUACUCGGAAAGUUUUGCUCCCUACGGAGGUUACAAGACUGAAAACACCGAAACAUCUAGCGACGAGAAGACAAAUAUUCGCCAUCCUCGUACUGAUCGACGCAGUUGAAACAAUCGUUGAUUUCAUUGACGAAGGUAUUUACGACGGCGAUCUCCCAUUUGACUGGGUUGGGAUUGAGUUUGGGAAGAGAGACGACAAGGGCGGGCUACAGCCUAUUGGCCUCUUCGCAAGGUGGGAAGCGAGAAAGGUUGAGCUGUUCUUUCACCAGCAGUGGAUGGUCCACGUCCCCAUUUUCAACAUAUGCAGGGGGAACGGGGAGUCACCACCGCAUUACGAAAUUGGCCCGUAUGCUAUCUUACCUUUCAUAAAUGUGAAAGUGAUUGGUAAACGAGGUUAUGGUACUGUCUCCAAGGUGGAAAUCGAGAGUAGCCACCACAACCAUCCUACUAAGCUGGGCAAAAAGCUAUAUUUUGCUAUCAAAAACUAUGAUGAUAUGCCUUCAUCUCCGAGCAACUUUACCCAGCAAAUCUCCCACCUCCACUCAUCGACUGGCCACCCACACUUGGUUCAACUUCUCUGGACCUACAAUAAUGGCCCCAACUACCAUCUCGUAUUCCCCUGGGCAGAUGGAAAUUUGAGAGAUUUCUGGGAGAUACAUAAUAUGCCUAUACCGGAUCAAGCUGGUGAAAAUCACCACCGCCGUGCUGCGGUAUGGUUUGCCCAACAGUGCCUAGGUAUUGCUCAAGGUCUCCACGUAAUUCACAAGCGUGGGCAUGAUAGUGUCGGGGAUAUUAAGGGAAAAGAAGGGCCUGGCUGGCAUGGCGACUUGAGCCUAGACAACAUUCUUUGGUUCCGCGAUUUCGAUAGCCGAGCCCGGGGUUACAGCCUUGGGGCGUUGAAAAUCUCUUUGAGCAUGACGACGUCCGGAUCCAAUUCCGUCUUUCCAAACGACCCGUAUAGACCCCCAGAAUGCAAUAUCGACAUGUACCGAUCAAUUUUCACGGCUUGCGACAUUUGGGCCCUAGCAUGCAUCCUGCUAGACUUUGUGACGUGGUUCCUUGAAGGCGGCCAGGGGAUUGAAAAGUUCAAAUCCGCGAUAUUGGCAGACGCUGAUAAUUAUUUCGUGAAAUCAGUAUUUUUCUCUUACGUGGAGGUCUGUGAUGAGCACGGCACCCCCAAGACCUUUGCGAGGGUCAAGGGGUCUGUUGUUAAUCAAUUUGCAAGGCUCUACAAUCACCCGGGGGGCUCUGAAUUUACGCGAGACUUGUUGGGAUUUGUGAGAUUAAGGCUGCUUCAUCCGGACCCUAAUCUACGAGCCAGUUGUCCUGAGAUCGUUUCCAAAUUCGAAACGCUCUACAAAUCUUGUGAGGAGAAUCGAAAUUACUGUCUUGGACGGCAGACCAUGCCUCCACAGAAUGAAGACAGAGUGCGCGAGAUUCUGAUUCCCAAGCAGGUGGAGUUAAAUCAGGAGGAGAGAGAGAGGCUGCAAGGAUACAUGCAUACGCUCCCAGGGCUAGACGAAAAAUACCUGAUCGACCCCAGCACCCACGGCGACGACAGCAUUCCAUCAUCGGGAACCAAGAUAGAAAAGAAGAGGUUUUGGAAGAGCUUGGCAUGGAGAAGGAGAUAA